AUGGAUUUCUCGCAUUAUGGAGAGGCCACGCCCGAGUGGACCAGGUUCAUCGGGGAGAACCCAGACGCUCUGCGAGAGGGUUUCGAAGGCAACGAGAUAAGCAAUGCCUCCUUUCUACGGGCUGCCGUGGAUGGAGCGAGAAGCAAGGCCUCGGUACAGCUUCUGAGCGAAAGUGGCCUGGACAAGAAGGUCACUUUCCAGACGAUCAAGAUACCCUCCAAGGGGUCUCACGAGAUCCCCAUCAGGGUGUGCAGGCCGCGUGACGGCGCCCAGGCCAAGAGCAACAAGACGCUGCUGUUCUUCCAUGGCGGCGGUCUCCUGUUUGGUGACGAGACGACAGAUGACAUUGUCAUGGCGAACAUGGUGGCUGGGACGGGCGCCGUGGUGCUGAACCCUAUAUAUCGUCACACCAACACCCAUUCACACCCUGCGCAGACGGAUGAUGCCUGGGAUGCGUUUGAGUACAUUUGCUCCAACGGAGAAAGCCUCCAGGUCUCCACGCCACAGGGCAUUGGUCUCAUCGGUGUCUCGGCGGGGGCCCUGCUCGCCGCCGGCGUCGUUCUUCGUCAUCUGGAGAAGAACCGCUCGGAAGGGACAAGACCCAUGAUCAAUGGUGUCGUGCUGUCGAUCCCCUGGUUGAUUCACUUUGACAACUACCCGUUCCACCUCUUUGCGUCGCGCGAGGUCACGUCCAUGGUGCAGUGCGCGGAUCGACCCGUGAUCCCUCUCGAGCGCGUGAAGCUCAUGAAUGCGCUUCUGAACGGCAGCCCCACGGACCGCGUGCUGAAUCCGGGGCUGGCUCCCGAGGCCGAGCUCAAGGGGUGGCCCAAGACGUGGUUUCUCAUCGCCGGCGGCGAUCCGCUGCGUGACGAUGGCCUGCUCUUUGCGUCGCGACUCCGGGACAUGGGCGUGAGGGCGAGGGUCAACAUCUACACCGGCCUGCCCCAUGGGUUCCGGAGAUGGUCCUCGCUCAGCGGGUCCAAGGUGUUUGAUGUCGAUACGAUGCAAGCACUGAACUGGGCGCUCGCUGAGGAGACUGGGGCGGAGGCCAGCGAGGGGGAGAGGGAAUGGAGUGAAUACGUAGGCAAGUGA